AUGAGCGGACGGUCUGGCUGAGGCGUGCGCGGGGCCCGAUCCUCCGCUAUAACCGGGGGAGGCGGACGCGGAGCAGCCGCCAUUGUGUUUAUAGGGGGAGGGGAGCAGGCGCCAUGUUCUUCAUCGAGAUGACGGCGGUCGGGGGGAGCUGUGAGCCCGCGCACCCCGCGUCCUCUCCCCGGUUCUGCAGCCCAUCAUUGCUCCCGGUUUCCCCGGUGUUUUUAUUUUAUUUAUUUUAUAUUUUUUUUAAUUUGUGGUUCUAUCCUCAUUCCCCCCCCUCACGUCUCCCCCCGCGCAGGCGCAAAUCCCGCCCAGUGUCUCCGGCCGUUUAAAAGAUGCUGCGGCCGCUGAUUGGCUGAUCCAGGCCCCGCCCACCGAACGUUGCCUCUUUGUUUUGUGUUUUCUUCUCCCGCUUUUAUCUGGUCGCUGAUUGGCUGGAUUUUCAGCGCUCGGGCUGUGAUUGGCUGCAGGUACACGUGAUUCACCAUGCCCAUCCGACGCUCUGUCAACUCCUCCAGCCAGGAAGCUGCGCCGAAAAACCGCCCCGCCGAGAGCGAGGACAAGAAAAAAGAAGAGGCCGAUGCCAGCUCCGAGGAGUCCGCGUCCACCGGAGAGGAGCAAGAGACCGAAACGCCCCCCGCAACCUCCAGCGAGACGGAGCAGGUGAAGGAGUCCGAUGCCAACGAGGAGAAGAAGGCCGACGGGGCGGACGGCGAGGAGGCCAAGAAGGAUGGUGACAAGGAGCAGUCCAAAGAAAAGGAGAAGAAGGUGAAGAAGACCAUUCCGGCGUGGGCCACCCUGUCUGCCAGCCAGCUCGCCCGGGCGCAGAAACAGACCCACAUGUCGUCCUCUUCACGCCCCAAGAUGGACGAAAUUCUGACUGAAGCCAUCAAGGCGUGUUUCCAGAAGACGGGGGCCUCCGUCGUGGCAAUCCGAAAAUACAUCAUCAGCAAGUACCCUUCCCUAGAUCUGGAGAAGAGGGGAUACCUUCUCAAGCAGUCCUUAAAGAGAGCGCUGCAGAGAGGAAACAUCCGCCAGAUCAAGGGGAAAGGAGCCUCCGGCAGCUUCGUCGUGGUCUCCAACUCCUCCAAAUCUGCAUCAAAGUCCAGAGACAAGAAGAAGAGCAGCACCCCGGCAGCAGACCAACCCAACGUCAAACUGGAAGACAUCCUGCCGCUGGCAUUCACCAGACUGUGCGAGCCCAAGGAAGCUUCCUACAGCCUCAUCAAGAAGUACGUGUCGCAGUAUUACCCCAAGCUGAAGGUGGACGUCAGGCCUCAGAUGCUGAAGAACGCUCUGCAGAGGGCCGUGGAGAAGGGCCAGUUGGAGCAGAUCACAGGAAAAGGAGCAUCCGGCACAUUCCAGCUGAAACGAGCAGGAGAUAAACCCCUUCUAAGCGGAGGCGUUUUCGAGGACGCCAUCCUGUCCGCCAUCACAGCGAUGAACGAGCCCAAGACCUGCUCCACCACUGCCAUCAAGAAGUAUGUGCUGGAGAACCAUCCUGGGGUGAACUCCAGCUUUCAGGUUCACCUUCUGAAGAGAACCCUGCAGAAGUGCGAGAAAAAUGGCUGGAUGGAGCAGAUCUCUGGGAAGGGAUUCAGUGGCACGUACCAGCUCAGCUUUCCAUAUUACCCGAGUCCCUAUGUGCUGUUCCCAGACAAGGCAGCUGAGGAAGAAGAGGAAGAGUCUGACAAUGAAUCAGAAGAGGAGGAGGAGGAAGAAGAGUCUGAAGAAGAAUCUGAGGACGAGGAGCCACCUCCAAAGAGAAGGAUGCAGAAGAAGGCGGCUCCUUCUAAAUCUAGGUCCAGAGCCCCUCCACCCAAACCCAAGAAGAGCGCUCCAGCCCCCCGAGGGAAAGCAAAGAGUGCCCCCAAAAAGGCUCCUCCACCACCACCCCCUAAAGCGAAGAAGGGAAAAGCUGCUUCCCCACCUCCUCCCCCUGCCAAAAAACCAGCCAGCCGGGGCUCCAAGAAGGCCGCACCCGCAAAGAAAGCCGCAAAGCCUGCGGCAAAAGGCAAGUCCAGCCAGAGGAAAUCGCUGCGGUCCAGGAAGUGAAGCGUAGACCACGGAGAUGGCGGCACCUCAAGACAACAGCCGGGGGAGAGAAACCAUUCCAGUGGUUUGAUUUCCAGGAAAAGCGACUUUUCUAAAGUUGUUUGUUCAGUUUCUCCUUUUUUUUUUUUUCCCCUCUUCCUGUUUGAGUUCAGAGAUGGUGCAGCAUUCACACAUCUGUUUUUUGGUAUAGCAGUAGCCGCUGUGCACCCCCUCCCCACCCCCACAACCCCCCCCCUCCUCGUCCUCUGACCGAAAAACCAGCAAAUGGUCCAUUUCAGUUUCUUUUUAUAUAUAUAUAUUUUUUUUCCAAAUGGUUUCCUGGUUGUGUAAAUGCUAAAAGAAUUGAAAUCAAUGUCAAUGUUUAACCAUUUGUUUCAUUAUUUAAAAUGAACGUCGAGUCCCUUUUGCUGCAGGAAAUCCCUUUUUUUUUAUUUUUUGGUUUUUAUUGCGUAGAGAAAGAUGAUGCGGCUGGGAGCGAGAUAAGGAUCCGUUAGUUGCUUUCCAGAUACAUCAUUACGAUGGUGCUGACUUAGUGCUGUGUAGGAUACAGAAUAUAAAUCUGAGCCCCUUCCACCAUCAGACGAGCCGUUUAGCUAGGCCCACGCAACCCCCCCCCGGGGAUGAGGGUCUCUGACCUCUGACCCAUCUUCCUUCCGGCAUGUUGUAACGGAGGAGCAGAGUUGCGCUGUCGCCUCUUGCAAUACGUUGCGCGAGACAUGGCUUCCAUCAGACAUGCCCGGUGCGUCGCACCCUCGGCUAGAUCGGCAUCUGUAGGUCUUACACGUGAGUGACUAGACGUAGCAUGUUGUACAGAAAUCCAACUUUUUAUUUUUUCUUCUUUUUAAACCGAUUGUGUCUUUAUUUUAAUGUUUUGCCAUUUUGUAAAGAUUUGGGUGAGGAUAGACAAAGUGAACCAAUGGGUAUUCUGCUGUUUGCUACAAUAAAAGACUAGAUUCUGCUAGUAA